UUCCUCUCUCAGAUACAGACGGAGCAACGCAUCAGCAUGGCUUCAUCUUGCAAUCCUCAUCAUUUCUUAAGCCAAAGGUUUUCCCAAUUGCUGGCUCUGGUUUUGACUAUGACGUGGAUCUUCACUGCCAACGGAAGUGUGGAGCACAUUGAAGUCCGAGGGGAGGUUGGUGGGAAUGUGACCAUUCACUGCCCGUCUACCAAGCACAAGACUAUCUACCUUUUCUACUUUCAAAGAGGUGACACAUUCAUCAAUGGGUACUUUGCAAAAAAAACUAUACCAGAUGACAUGAAGUGGGAGAACACUAGAGUGGAUAACGGCAGCACAACACUGCACAUGUAUAACCUGAACAUCUCACACAUCGGGACCUACAAGUGCAUUAUCCGGUACAUGGACGGAACUGAAAAUUUUGACAACGUACACCUCAGUGUCACAGCCACCUACAGCAAACCUGAAGUUAAAGUGGUUUGUAGUGAUGACAGCCCCACUUGUCUGGCAACAUGUACAUCGCAUGGGGGCUAUCCUAGCAGCACCAUGGAUUGGAGGGUAUCUAGGAGUCAGAUGUGGAGGCGGGUGAAUAAAAGUGAAAUGGAAGAUCGGAACACUUUGAUGUUUAACAGCUCCAGCACUGCAUCCUUCAAUUGCUCCGAGGGAGAGUUGAUGUUCAAUUGCACUGUAGGCAAUGUCACAACAGAGAUGUACUCCAUCUGCAAAGGUCCACCUCCACCUGUCAAAAAUGCUGAGAUAUUAGCAGCCAUCAUCAUCAUCGGUGUAGUGGUCGUUGCCAUUAUAGUGACGUCAGUGCUGUAUUGGAAACACAAGAGAAGACAGCGAGGAGUAGCAGCAGCAGACGUGAGGCAAGAGUGGAGAGUAAACGGACAGGAGGAGGAGGCAGUGAAACUCAAAGAAAACGGCGGAGGGAACGAGCAACCUUGAGUUUGGCAUUGGUGAAGAAGAUCAUCCGAUUUCUACGCGGACUGAUCAUUUUACAUAUUGUAUAAUUAACACUGUAUGUCACUCAAGGGUACAUUACAUUAGUGACUGACUGGCUACAGAUAAACUAGUUGCAUAAGGCCAGUGACCGCAUGAGUCAGUGACUGCGCACUGUCAACAUUUGACUUCUCAGUCUUUGAGGAAGUAUUCGUCUUCAGUCUCAUUUUACUGGCGAUCAAAGUGCGUACAUGAACUGGGAAUAGCCUACUUCUCAAAAAAAGGACUUUUCCAGUGGUUUGUGGCGAGAUUGUUGUGUACAGGAAAACAGACUCUGAGUGACACACCUACCGGCACUGUGAGCAGUAAAAUCAAAAGUACAAAAGACUGUACCUAAAGUUUGAUGUCGUGCAUGUUUAAGUGUUACGCUGACCUCUGUGGGAAGAAGACAGAUCUGUUAAUGAAGAAACAAGAAGGAAAGUUUGGGUGCUCACCAUUGUAAAGAAGUAAACUUCAGGUAAAUGUGAGGUGUACUUGAAAUCAAACUGAACAACUGGAAAAAGGGAUACCCCUGGGCUUACUUCAGCUACACUUGACCGAGCCAUGAAGGACAACAGCAAUAGCUUUGUGAGCUGGGAGGGUUUGUAGAGAGGUGGCUAUUGACUUCAUCAAUUGCUUGAGAGAGAGGUUCAAAUUUAAUGCUUUAAUUUAUCCAGGCCUGGAACCUGGAAUUUCAGUCCUGUUUAUUAUAAACUGACUUAAUCCUCCUUCAUUGUUUGUCAAUGAACUGAAGUUAAUUUAUUUUUUUUAUUGUUAUAACUGUUACGCUGACUAAAGCUUUUUAUCCACAUUUUUUUAUUGUGGUAUAUUUAUUGUGUGUUGCUGCUAUAGUUGUAGUUCUAACUGUCAAGAUAAGGUGUCAUGAUGUUCCACUGGUCAACAGUUCCUUUCCCCAGUGCUUCCCUUCUUCUAUGCAAUCUGUGAGAUUUUCUACAAUUGUCACUUUUGGACUGUGUUUCAUGAUUUUUAAAUACAGUAUAUUGUUGUUGUUGCACUUUAUGUGUUUUCCUAAAGUCGCCUUUGUGUCAAAAAUGUAUUUUUCUUCUUGUUUCUAGUUGAAUGUUUGAGAUCCACCGUGUAGAAUGAUGUUUGUGUCUGACACUAGAAGGCUGUUUUUACAUUCUUUGCUAAAUGUGUAAAUUACUCUGCUCACUGGUAAUAUAUAGUAUGAUGUGUAACAUCACAAAUAGUUUGGAAUCAAAUGCCAGUCCUAUGUUGGGCACAAGUGUGAUAUGGAAACUUGAAGCUUCCGCACACAUACACUGCACUGAAAAUGGAUGGAGAAGGAAACAUGUUAUUGUGCGGGGGUUCAACUUGGGAAAUUGAAAAAAUUUUGUUUUUUUCUUUUUUUACAAUAGCCUACGGUCUUAAAUGUUCAGCCAUAUGGAUUUUUUUUAAACUUUCAUCAAAGUCACAUAUAGAACAGUCGUGUUUAGUUUUAGAGUGACCGAAGGGUAUGUUAUUUCCCUCACUUGGUGUCCAGUGUUUUAGUCUUUAUUUAGUCAAAUGACCAGAAGUGGAAGCUGGGAAAAUACGAAAGCCAGAAUCUGGUUUCGAGGCUGAAUUUGCUCCAUGCAUUUUGCUGUUUCAGUUAUAGAUUCCAGUAUUCCAGGAUUCCCCUGUAUAGUGCAAUGUUGAGUAUGACGGAUGAAAUGUUUUUUCCCACUUUUUUAAAUUAAAUUGCUGUUAAUUUCAUCGUUCAUACUUUGGUCCUUUCUCUGGUGACUGUUCUCAUGUUGAAUAACGUUUCUGUAUACUGUAUUGCCCCAUAUUUAUUUCACUGUAUGUCUUUCUCUCUCAAUAUCAAACUGUAAAUUGUUCAUCCUGUUUAUAUGCUUGUGGGUAAGGAGACCUCUGUUAAUCCUCCUUCCUCUGAAUUACAAAAGAAACUCGAA